AUGACGGUUACAGUUGAUGCAGGGGUUGAGAUGAGAAUACUCCUGGAUGCCACUCGCAGCGAAGGGGCUUGCGUUUCCUCACACGACCGACUGGGAUGGGUUGUCCAUGGCCGGAAUGAAGGAUAUGCAAAGCUUAUUCAUUUGACAGAGAAAGACGAGGAAAUCAAAGCCGCUAGGGUUUCACUGGGAGUAUUGGAGCCAUUUCUCAGGUGGCCUUUGCUGUGGAGAAGAUAUUUUCGUCUGAUGGAAGUUUGUGCAGAGGAAAUGAACAACGCGAAGAUAAAUGUGAGUAAUUUCUGCAAGUUAGUCAGGAGAGGGGUCGAGCAAGGCAUUAAGACAGGGAAUGGAUUUUUGAACGAUGGGAAAACUUUCAGAGGCUAUCCUGUGGUGGGCUAUAAUCACCUUAUGCAGAGUGCCUCGGGUUGCCAGUUCGAUUCCCGCUAUAAGGAGAACGAUCUAUGUCCGUGGAAGGCAAAGAAAUUAAAAAGCAAUGAUACUAUUUGCGGUUGGGACACACAAGUGAAUGGCGUCUAUUAUUAUCAUACUUCCAUUGCAAUCCCUCUGUCGAGAAUAACGGAAGCCAUCAGAGACCUGAAGCAGCUUCGCGACAUGGAUCCAAGUGCAUUUUGCGCCCUUGAAUCCUAUGUGGGAGUGUUAUUUCGUUAUUUUAAGGGGUCCACCGAUUACUUGUCCCAUAAGGAAGAUAGUGUGGUGGUCGAAUUUAAUUACUUCCGUUACCGAGAGCUGGGAAGGCCACGGUGGAAUGGGCAUUUAAUGGAUGAGAUUGAACAGAUGCUUUUGCAAAAGUAUGGAGGGGUGCCGCACUUUGGGAAGAAUCGAGUGUAUACAUUCGAUGGAGCAGCCAAUCGAACUGCGAAUCCGGGCAAAUUUUUGGAAGUAAAGAAGCAUCUGGACCCAAAAGGGUAUUUCUCCAGUGGGUGGUCGGAUGGAGUGCUGGGGAUCGGCAAAGGUUUACAAAUAUGGCGAGAUGGGUGUGCUUUAGAUGGGCUCUGCGUUUGCAAAGAAGAUCGUCAUUGCGCUCCGGACAAAGGAUUCGUUUGCAGAGCCGAAAAAUUUGGAAGAAUGCUAAUGUUUGCAUGCAACUGUGAUACUGAGAAAUGCAAUCUUAGUGUCAUGAAAUCUAUCUAUAUGACAAUAAAUGUGUCAUGA